AUGGGAGGUGACUCAGAUCACUUCCUAGUAGUGAUGGGGUUGCAUCAGGAAUCGGCUCUUAGCCCGUUCUUAUUUGCUCCGGCGAUGGAUGUGCUUACGCAACACAUUCAAGGGGAGGUACCAUGGUGCAUGUUAUUUGCCGAUGACACAGUGUUGAUUGAUGAGACAAGAAGCGGGGUCAAUGCGAGGCUGGAAGUCUGGAGGCAGACCCUAGAGUCUAAAGGUUUCAAGUUGAGUAGGACCAAAACGGAAUAUUUGGAGUGUAAGUUUAGUAACGAUACCCAAGUCAUCCCGAGGAGGGGUGGUUUCAAGUAUCUCGGGUCUAUAAUCCAUGGUAACGGGGAGAUUGAUGAUGAGGUCUCUCACCGUAUCGGUGCGGGAUGA